AGCCAUUAGGGUGUGGUUAGUAUUAUUAGUAUUAAUAAUUAUAAGUAAAAUCACACAAAAAUUUAUUAUUAUUAUUAUUAAAACGUUUUAAUUUGUGUGAUAUUAACAGUAUUUAGUGAUUCAUUGAAUACACAAUUCAUUGACAAAAAAUAUUUAACUAACAGUUUAUAACCGUUUUAUUAUUUUUUUAAAUAGUAAUUUAAAUUUUAAGUUUUAACUAUACUAUUCGUGAUUAUUAUUAUUAUUUAAUUAAUUAAUAAAAAACAAAUAAUUAACCUGGAUAAUGUAAAGUUUCUCAUCAAUAUACAUAAUUAUAUACUUAUUGAGAGUUAAUUAUAUAUAAAACCACAACAACAAAAAUAAUGGGAAUAAAAACUUUAAAAUGUUUGAAUACUAUUCAAACAUUUAGACCAUUGUCUACUACAUCCUCAUCCUCAUCAUCACUAUCAUCCUCAUCACAAUCAGCAUCACUAUUGUCAUCAAACAACAAACUAAUUAUAUCAAUCAUAUUAAUUAUACUAUCAUUUUGGACAUCCAUAAGCUCAGCGCAAACAAAUUUGAACCGACAAAGUCCGCCCCGACAGGGACAGGCACCGGUAUUCAUACCGGGAAAUGCCCGACCCAUACAACCGCAAGGACCGCAAAUAUUGGGCGAUUUGCUGGCCUUUCGCCAGGAGCUUAUGUAUCCGUAUAAUUUGAGCGAUUUUACUGAGAUUACAUCAGCCAAACCCAUUCAUGACCAGCCCCUGCCGUUUAGGCUACCGUUUUUCGGUUUCUACUAUCACUAUAUAUGGAUCCAAAGGGAUGGCUAUCUGGCCUUCAAUAAGGGUCUCCUAUCGUAUAAGUUUCCGCUUAAUUUCCCAGUCAAUCCCAAGGACAGCCUACAAAUGGAAGAUCCGUCGAUUAUAGCCCCGUGGUUUGCCCUACAGGACAUACCUACCGAAGUACCCUAUGCCGGGGUAUACCUGAAAAUCGUUAACAUCGAAAGCGAACUCAAUACAACCCUAAGGGAUAGGAUUAUAUUGGACUUCCGGGAGGGUAUGAUAGGUGCGGCCGAUUUUACACCAAAAUUUGCAUUGAUUAUAACCUGGCGUAAUAUGACCGUGGUCAAUAGGCGACCAGAAACACCGCUAGUGACAAACACCUACCAGUGCGUAAUAGCCACCGAUGAGAUGCGGACGUACGCCAUGUAUAACUACGACCAGAUCCAGUGGAUCACCCAUCAGGACAACUACGAAGGCCUGAAAGGAUCGGCAGCCUAUGUUGGUUUCAAUGCCGGCAACACUACCCGUACGUUUGAGUUUAAGCCCUAUUCGCAGAACCCGCGUAUAUCCUAUCUGACCACCCGGGGGUGGGGUAACAAACUUAGGGGCCGAUAUUUUUUCCAAAUAGACGAAGAGGUAUGGCCGGGGGCGUGCAUCGAAAAAGAUCUGGACCCCAAUCUACCCGAUCGGUUACCGUUGACUUUUUUCCCGCGUGUCGGCUCUAUGUUGGGCGGAACUCUGGUCAACUUUACCGGCCCGUGCUUGCAGCCUACGAGUAUCAUAACGUGCAAGUUUGAAAAUUUUAUAGUACCCGGCAUAUUCAGGGACUUCAAUCACGCAACCUGUAUAACACCGGCAGUUAUGUGGCACGGUUAUGUCGAUUUGUCCAUUACAGUAGAUGAUAGGACACUAUUUUUGGGUCAUUUCUAUAUACAACCUCCCGAUAUAGCCAACGAUGAUAUUGUAGUACUGGGCGAUACCGAUCGCCUGGAGGAACCGUUAUCCAUGGAAGUCAAAUGGAAACCAACUAAACUGGCCUGGGAUGACAAUGCCCGGGUAACCCUAUCGCUAUGGGGCUAUCGUGAAACAUCGGAUGUCUACCCACACUUGACAUUCAUCGAUAAUAUUGGUGAUGUCGGUGCCUACCGACUCGGCCAGAUUAGGGCACUGAUAGAUCCGGCAACGUUCAGGGAUCGCCGUAAUUAUGGCCUAACCGAUAUUACCUACGGUUUCCUAGGCUUGAAUCUAACUGAUCCGACAAUACUGGGCAAAGAGAUCAAACAGUCGCCGAUGAUCUGGUCCCGACCGAUGCCGAUUGCCUGGUAUUUCAAGCGCCAGUAUGAGCGCGAGUAUGGAGAAGCUGGGCGAUGGAAGGAACAUUUUUGUCAUAAUUGGUUUCAACAGGAAUCGUAUGCCGAUAUGUUUGCACGGGUAGUAUUCCGAUGCCCGUGUUCAAUGGAUCAGGCAUUGUUGAAUAGGGGACAGUUUGCUCCCGAUUUGGAGUGCAAUGUUGUCGAUCGCAAGUGUGAAACAUUUCAUCGGGGUGCCUUGCAUUGUGUGAAAACUGGCCGACCAUCUGUUGGAGGUUCUGGUCAGACAUGUUGUUACGAUGAUUACGGUGAACUGAUACAAACGGCCGAUUCAAUGUACGGCGGACGGCCAUCGCGGGCCUUUGUCUACGGUAAACAUCCGUAUAAAAUGCGUAUGAUGAUCCCGGCGCUGUCCGAAUGGCUACACGACACUAUGCCCUACUUUUUCUGCUGUAAAUGGCAACCGAAAGAAGACAACGCCCAUACCUGUCAAAUGUAUAACUAUUGGCGUACAUCCCAGGAUUGUUCAUCAUAUCAGGCACCGGCCAUCGGAUCAGUUUAUGGUGAUCCACAUUUCAUAACCUUUGACCGCUAUAAUUUUACGUUCAAUGCUAAGGGUGAAUUUACGCUUCUACAUGUCGAUAGUCCAUUGUAUAAGAUCGACGUACAGGCCCGUUUUGAACAGGUACCCCGCAACCGACGUACCGAUCCGUUUAUCAAUGCCACUGCACUGACGGCCAUAGCGGCCAAAGACAACAUUUCGAGUACCGUCGAGUUUCGGUUGCGACCGAUUGCCGCCCGUUGGCGAUACCAGAUGUACGUCAUUGUGGACAAGGAGUACGUUCACUGGUGGGACGAGUCGAUGCGUUUGCAAAAUUUCAAAGGUGUUACCCUGUAUCAGCCGGCAGGCAUACAAAAUAUGUCGCACGUGAUUGCAAUGUUUGAUUCGGGUGCCGGUGUUGAGGUGAUGUCCGAUGGCGGCCAUCUGACCGUCCAUGUGUAUGCGCCCUAUCAGUUUCUGAAUAGUACGUACGGACUGUUGGGCCGUUACUCUAAGGAUCCGUUAGAUGACUUUACACUGCCUAAUGGCCAGACAAUAUCGUUGCAGUCAACCCAGGAGGACAUACAUAUGCGUUUCGGUAUGGCCUACCGGGUACAGGAGCAACUGUCAGCGUUGGACAGGGAUAAAUCGGCCUCCUUGUUCCAUCACGAUGCCAUAUCGUUUGCCUACUACGACGACUCCCAUUUCCUGCCCGAUUUUGGACUACCCCCUCGGCUGCCCGACUGGGCCGAGCACUUGAGGGACGAGAUGGAUCAGGUAUGCGCCGAAUCCAUUGCCUGCCAAUACGAUUAUAUACAGACUUUCGAUCGGGAAUAUGCCAAACAAACCAAACAACACGAAGCCUAUGCCCUACAGUUGGCCAAUGAAGUUAGCAAAAAAGUUACCAGAUGUCCGGCACUGCCCAAACCGUUGAAUGGCCGCAAAUCGGAAAACCGAUACUGGCCGGGAACUAUCGUACGAUUUGCUUGCGACGAUGGCUAUCGAUUGGUCGGCUACGAGGCUCGCCGAUGCCGUGAGGACGGCCUAUGGUCGUGGGGUGUCGACCCCGAGUGUAUCAGUGAUCUCAAGUAUACGGGACGUAUAGCCGGCAUUGGUGUCGGUAUUGUAUUACCGAUACUUAUAGUAGUCAUACUAGUUAUCGGCUGUAUUAUCUAUAUGCGUAAAACAGGUGCCGACCAUUAUACCGGAGAAGCUGGAGUUCAGCAACCGUUUGUUGAAUACCAGUCCAACAAUAAGCCAGUGAGCGGUAGUGGCGGUGGUGGUGGAGGUACAGGUGCUGUAGGAGGUGGCAGUGGUGGCGGUAAAGUCAUCAAAGAGAUUGAAACGCCCGCUCGCGAUGCAGAGGUUUAAGAGAGGAUAGGGAGGGGUUUUUUGAGAGGGGGUUAUCAUACAUACAAAUCAAACAA